AAGGGUGCUGCGAAGGAACCCUGGAAGCAGCUGCCAAGAGUUGCUUUGGAAAGGAGCGGUUGGAGGAAGGAGGGGGCGGGGGUGAUAAGCCAUCCUCCCUCUCUCUCUCUCUCCCCUCCCCCUAGCUUUUCGUAGCUGCUGACGCGCUGUCGGUGCCUAUUAAUCAGCAGCCCAGAAUCGCGGCAGUUAAUGGCUGUGCGGCUCAGGACUCUAGCCUCCGGUCCUCCCAGCUCUCCAAAGCCGCGUGUCCCGGCGCCCCGGUGCUACAGGGCGCGGCGCGCAGGCAGCCGCCGGGCCAUGUGCGGGGUGGGCGCUAAUCCGAGCCGCGCCUGGGGGCUGUGAGCGGCUGCCGGUGGAGCCGGGUGCAGGGGAGUCGGCAGAGCUGUCCAGCCCCGGCCACCCCUGAUUCUCACCUCCCGUCCAGGUUCCGCCGAGAUGUUUCCCAACGCCACCGCUUCCUCUCCCUCUUCUCCUAGCCCUUGCCCGGGAGGUUGCGGCGCAGGCGGCGGCAGCAGGGACCCCGGGGCCGGCGCAGCGGACGGCAUGGAGGAGCCCGGGCGGAACGCCUCGCAGAAUGGGACCUUGAGCGAGGGCCAGGGCAGCGCCAUCCUCAUCUCCUUCAUCUACUCCGUGGUGUGCCUGGUGGGGCUGUGCGGGAAUUCCAUGGUCAUCUACGUGAUCCUGCGCUACGCCAAGAUGAAGACGGCCACCAACAUCUACAUCCUCAACCUGGCCAUCGCCGACGAGCUACUCAUGCUCAGCGUGCCCUUCCUGGUCACCUCCACGCUGCUCCGCCACUGGCCCUUCGGCGCGCUGCUCUGCCGUCUCGUGCUCAGUGUGGAUGCUGUCAACAUGUUCACAAGCAUCUACUGCCUAACGGUCCUCAGCGUGGACCGCUACGUGGCUGUAGUGCAUCCCAUCAAGGCCGCCCGCUACCGCCGGCCCACGGUCGCCAAGGUGGUGAACCUGGGCGUGUGGGUCCUCUCGCUGCUCGUCAUUCUGCCCAUCGUGGUCUUCUCGCGCACCGCGGCCAACAGCGACGGCACCGUCGCCUGCAACAUGCUUAUGCCCGAGCCCGCGCAGCGCUGGCUAGUGGGCUUCGUGCUCUACACCUUUCUCAUGGGCUUCGUGCUGCCCGUCGGGGCCAUCUGCCUGUGCUACGUGCUCAUCAUCGCCAAGAUGCGCAUGGUGGCCCUCAAGGCCGGCUGGCAGCAGCGCAAGCGCUCAGAGCGCAAGAUCACGCUGAUGGUGAUGAUGGUGGUGAUGGUGUUCGUCAUCUGCUGGAUGCCGUUCUACGUGGUGCAGCUGGUCAACGUGUUCGCCGAGCAGGACGACGCCACGGUGAGCCAGCUGUCGGUCAUCCUGGGCUAUGCCAACAGCUGCGCCAACCCCAUCCUCUAUGGCUUCCUCUCGGACAACUUCAAGCGCUCUUUUCAGCGCAUCCUGUGCCUCAGCUGGAUGGACAACGCCGCCGAGGAGCCCGUCGACUACUAUGCCACCGCACUCAAGAGCCGCGCCUACAGCGUAGAGGACUUCCAGCCCGAAAACCUGGAAUCGGGCGGUGUCUUCCGCAACGGCACCUGCACGUCCCGCAUCACCACGCUCUGAGUCCAGGCCGCGCUGGGGCCAGGGUUGGGGGGAAAAGAAAACGCGGAUGCUGGGGGCGGAAAGUAUCCGGGACGCC